UUCGAGAUUAAGACUUUUGUGAUAAUCUGUGUUAAUUUUGAAAUUAAAAAGAAUAAAAAUCAAGAUGGAGGGCUGCGGGAUGAACUGUAUUAAAUAUUUGCUGGUGGUCUUCAAUGGAAUAUUUUUGAUCUUCGGCAUUGUGAUAAUAGCAGCAGCAUGCGUGGACAUGGGAAUGAUCAAGGGGUUCGCUGGCAUGGAACCGACUGGCCAUGAAACUGACGCCCUGCUGAUCGCUAUCGGGGUCCUCAUCAUCAUCAUAGCUGCCUUCGGCUGCUUCGGUGCCUGGAAGGAGAGCCCUAAGCUGUUGUAUAUCUUCGUCGGCUGUCUGAUCAUCAUCAUUCUGCUGGAGCUGUCCGUUGGCAUCGCUGCUGCUGCUUUACGCCCUCAAAUUGAGAGCACUCUCAAAUCCCAACUGCGAGCUUCCUUUAUCAAGAACAAGUCUACCAAAGAAGAGGAUUCUACCUACAGGGAAUUCUGGGACCGUGUCCAGUCUAGCCUGGAAUGCUGUGGCAUCACCGGUCCUGAUAACUAUGGAGCCUCGGAACCUCGCAUCAAUCCGUCCUUCAGCUGCUGCCCCAACGAUGGAACCGACCACUCCGCUGAGAUCAAACGCUCCAACUGCCUCUCGGAUGGGAAGUACUACAAGGAAGGGUGUGAAGAUAAAGUUCUUGGAACGAUCCAUAGCGCCGGCAUGACUGUCAUCGUUUGUGGAAUUCUCUUCUGCUUUUUGGAGGUUGCAGGCAUCGUACUAGCCCUUUGGUUAGCGCACUCCAUAAAAACGCAGGGGAAGAGCCGGGAGACCGCUUAAUUCAACACCUUAGCUACAUAGCCACAGAGUAUAAUUUCUCAUGCAAUGCACUAUACGUAAGCUAAAUUAAGUUACCUUAUUUAUUUAAGUGUAGAAUUUAUAAAAGCUAACGUCAAACGUCAACGUCUCACGGGUUGACGUCGGAAAUCUGACGUUAAAACAAUUUUUACCUUAAUGGCGGGAAGGUAAGAGUGAUAAUUAAAAUCAUUAAUUGUAUUUUGAUAGUCUUGUUGAAUAGCUCGAAAAAUAAUGAUUGUAAUAAUUGUUACAUUUAUAAAAGCAUUUAAAUAUUUCCAUAGUACCUCUAAGGAUUCAAAUUUAACUUUCGAAUACGUAUCAUUCCGCCAUUUUAAAUGUGUACCUUAAUGUGUUAUUAUUUUUUUAUUGAAACCAAAGCUAAAAUAAUAAUAUAAUAUCUAAAUAAUAAUAUUUUAAAAAUUAACAAAGAAAUAAAUAAAACUAAAAAAACAACAAUAAAAUUAUAUGUGUAACGAUUAUAAAACGUUUUGAAAAUUAAUACGAGAAUAUAAGAAAGAAUCUUGAAAUAAAAAAGAACCAAUUAAUCUUAUUAUGAAAUUUCAGAGAUGUCCUAGACAACCUGUAUCUUUAAAUGGACUUUCGUUUGUAUUAAGUACAUAAUAUUGAAAUAUAAUUUAAAUUUCAUACAAAUAAUGAAUACCUAAGCCAGAUUAUUACCAUCCAGAUCCAUAAUAAUGAAUUAUAGAUAUUAUAUUUCAAUUUCUCCAUCCAGAUCAUCAAAGAAAACCAGCGUGAAACAACCAUAGCGUUGUUUCGCCAAUUCCCUCCUUUACUAUACCCAAUCGUCGAUCCCCGAAAAGGCAAGUACCUUGUCGAUGUUGGGGGUAGGUACAUAUAUAAAAAAAUAUAUAAAAAACGAUUAAAUGUUUCUGUCAGUCUCUAUUUCAUUAACCAGAGCUAAUCGGUACAAAAACUCAUUAGAAUAUACAUAUUGUUUGCA